AUGUAUCCAACACUACCUAAAGACUUCAUCUGGGGCUUCGGCACCGCAAGCUACCAAGUCGAGGGUGCCGUCGAAGAAGAUAGAAGAGGUCUUUCUACCUGGGACGUCUUCUGCGAGAAGUCCGGCAAAAUUGCAGACGGUUCUUCCGGAGAGUUCGCCUGCGACACUUAUCAUCGGACCACAGAAGAUAUCGCCCUGCUCAAGUCUUACAACGUCAAAGCCUACAGGUUUUCUGUUUCUUGGUCAAGAGUCAUUCCGUCGGGAGGCCGCGACGACCCCGUCAACGAAAAGGGGUUGCGAUACUACAUUGAUCUCGUCGACCAACUCGUCGCAGCCGGUAUCCAGCCCGUCGUCACGCUUCAUCAGUGGGAUCCUCCGCAAGCCCUUCACGAAAGAUACGGAGGCCCCUUGAACAAGCAUGAAUUCGUCGCCGACUUUGCCCGCUAUGCCAGGCUCAUGUUCACCUCGCUCGGGUCCAAGGUCAAGAUCUGGAUGACCAUCACUGAGCCACUGCAGAUAGCCAUCAACGGCUACAACAAGGGCAUACAUGCGCCUGGCAGGUCCAGUGACAGAUCUGUCUCGGAAGAAGGAGACAGUAGUCGCGAGUGCUGGAUCGUGGGUCACAGCCUGCUCUUGGCGCAUGCGACGGCUGUCAAGAUCUACAGGGAAGAGUUCCAAGAAGAGGACGGUGGUGAGAUAGGCAUCACUCUCUAUGGUGAAUGGGGCGAACCUUGGGACUCCGAUGACGAACGGGAUCACCAUGCCAGAGACCGCUUUCUCGACUUUGGCCUGCCGUGGUUCGCCGACCCUAUAUACCACGGCCAUUAUCCGCAGUCGAUGAGAGACCAGCUAGGAAACCGUUUGCCUUCCUUCACACCCGAAGAGGUCGACCUCGUCAAGGGAAGCAACGACUUCUUCGGCCUCGACUACUACACCUCCGCUUUCGUGAAGCACCGAGACGCUCCGCCUACCCCUGAAGACUACAGCGGGAAUGUUGAACGGCUCCAGGAGAACAGCAAGGGAGAGUCCAUUGGUCCCGAGACGGAGAGUCCCUGGCUGCGGUCUCAUCCGGAUGGUCUCCGGAAGCUUUUGAACUUCAUCAGCGACAGGUACGGUCACUGCAAGAUCUAUGUGGCUGAGAAUGGGACCAGCGUCAAGGGGGAGGAUGAUUUGCCGUUGGAGGAAGCGUUGGAGGACGACUUCAGGUGCGAAUUUUACCGUGCGCACGUUGACGCGCUUGUGAAGGCGAGGGUGGAGGAUAGCGUUGAUGUGAGGAUGUAUAUGGCUUGGAGCUUUCUGGACAACUUUGAGUGGGCUGACGGGUAUCGGGUCCGGUUUGGAGUGACGUAUGUUGACUUCAAGAACGGGAGGACGAGGUACCCCAAGAAGAGCGCCAAGGUUCUGCGAGAGCUCUUCGCAGGACUUUUAGCUGGUGGCUCCAGCAACGACUAG